AUGGGAUGCCCGGUAACGUUAUGCUGUGACAUGGAUGCAGUGGACCAGUGGUGCUCUUACUGUUUAUAGAUAUUACUAAGCUCAUGGUAGGCUCUUCAGCAUUAAAAGUGCACUAAUGAUGCACUAUUCUAACUGGCUUAUUGGCGUGAAAAACAGGGCAAGCCUUCGAAAUGCAUGCAAAACACCACCUAACACGGACUGGAACAGCUUGGGAAAUGUUGUCGACGUACAGAACAACAAUCCGCAGCAAAAUGAAAAGACAUCCGAGCUAGCGGUCGCCUCCCACCUUUGGAAAAAAGGCUAUAAAACAAUCAAGAAAAUCGGGGAGGGCACAUUUUCAGAGGUGGUGAAAACUCAAAGCCUGAAAGAUGGAAAGUUCUACGCAUGUAAAACCAUGAAGCAGACAAUUAAUAGUCUGGAGCAGGCCAACAACCUGCGGGAGGUCCAGGCAAUGAAGAGACUGAGCCCGCAUGCAAAUAUCAUCCAGCUACAUGAGCUGAUUUUUGACAAAGAAACUGGAACUGUGUCUUUGAUUUGUGAGCUGAUGGAGAUGAACAUCUAUGAGUUCAUACAAGGAAGAGAAACUCCACUGCCUGACCAUACAGUGAAGAACUACAUGUACCAGCUCUGCAAGUCACUUGAACAUAUGCACAGCUGCGGUAUCUUUCACCGAGAUGUGAAGCCAGAAAACAUCCUCAUCAAACAAAAUGGUCUGAAGCUCGGUGACUUCGGCUCAUGUCGGAGUGUGUACUCAAAGCCCCCGCACACAGAGUACAUCUCCACACGCUGGUACAGAGCCCCAGAGUGCCUCCUCACUGAUGGGUACUACGGCCUAAAGAUGGACAUGUGGAGCGCUGGUUGUGUCUUCUUUGAGAUCAUGAGUUUGAAUCCUCUCUUCCCUGGGACCAAUGAGCUGGACCAGGUGUCCAAGAUCCAUGACGUGUUGGGGACGCCUGAUCAAAGUAUCCUCCAAAAAUUCAAGCCGUCUAGAGCGAUGCAUUUCAACUUCCCUCCUAAAAAAGGCAGCGGCAUCUCAAAGUUAGUCCCUCACUGCCCGGCUCCGGCUCUGUCACUGCUCUAUCAGAUGCUCGCCUAUGACCCCGAUGAACGAAUCACCGCGGAGACAGCCCUGCGACACACAUACUUUAGGGAAAUAAGGCUGGCAGAGAAAAAAGCCGAGACUCUGAACAGAGUUUCUGGGACUAUGGAGGAAGUAGAAAGUAGUGGGAUGCACAAGUCCUUAGACCACAUCUGGCGCCCAGCCAGACUUGGCAAACAGCUGAGGGGACGACACACGAGGCAAACGCCUUUAAUGAGCCACAACAUGAAGCAUGUAGCAGAGCCCCUCAUCCGACGCAACGUCCCUCAUUAUCCCGCAGAGCUGCCCAAGCUCAACAUGGUCAUACCCGGACCGCAGAUCUCCUUCCCAGCCUCCACUAUGCCGGCAUUUACUGUCACCCACCGAGGCACACUGCCAACCAUCACCUCGAAAAAGUGCCAGUCACGGUUGGCCAAGCCUCGGGAUGAGUCACACCGUGCAGCUUUCAAGACCUACCACAUGCCACCUCUGGAUCGGAAACAUGGAGGCUACUGAGAGCCAAAAACUUCAACUUUUGAUCAAAAUUUGCCUCUUGAAACAGGUUAGACCUGUGCUUUUAAACACAUUGUGGAGAGGACAGUGUUUGGACAGGCCUGAUGUUGAAAUCUGUCAAGCAACAUAAACAAAAAAUGCAAUGAAGACCGCCAAGCCUGUCAUUUUACCAGUUAUUACUGCUUCAUCAAACUGUUCAACCCUCACUGUAAUGAUGAAAUUCAAUGUGAUAUCUACACUAACAAUAAUAGAGUCUGUCAUAUUUUGUUGCAUUAAGAGUGUGUAGUAUAGUUAUGACCUCAGCUUUACUUGACCAAGUCAGGUGUUACAUGUUUACAACUGUUUAGAAAUAUACUUCCAUCUGAGCCUAUUACACAAACAAAGCAAUAAGGUAUCUGACAAGUGAACAGCCUUUUUAAACAAAAGCCCUGAAAGGCAAGUGAGUUCAAAAAAAUAUGAAUUGUUCCUUUGAAAAGACAAGAAAUACUACUGUCAUAUUUUUCACCCAUUUUCAAAAAUGGAGGAAAAGCAAAAUUUCCUAAACCUUUUUUCCCACAUGGUGAAACUUUUUUUCUUGCCCGUUUCAAAGAUGUGUGGGGAAGAAAAAAAAACAUUAUUAAAACAAUUAUCCUGACAUUUUUCUUCCACAUGUUCUUUAACACUGGACAAAAAACAAUUUAGAUCAGGCGCAGGACAUGCAUUCCAUAUUUCUUUUUCUCACUUGCCUCUCAGGGCCUCCAUACAUUUACCACUGGUGAAUGAA